AUGUUCACUAACUUACUCAACGGCAUACGAGCCGCUGCCGAAAGCUCUUUCGGACUCACCAACUCAGACACAGACGAUGUCGUCCCCCAGUCGCCCUCGGGUCCCGGCUUGCCUCCCAAUCCUUUCCUCGAGGAGACACCGCCCCCCAGGAAGAGAUCGCGCGUCCUCAUAGACCUCUCUUCGCCCCCGAAAUCUUCAAGUCGAACUCCACGCAAAGAGGCGCGUUCGGAAUUAACCCGCCCACGGCAGCACGUCACACAAAGGAGCGAGGAUGAGAAGCGAUUAGUUGGGGAUUAUUCGUAA